CUAUCUCCAAAAGUCAACUCUUCUCUCUCCCUUUCCUUCUUCUUCUUGAUUCUCCCCAAACACACAUACGUGACAUAACUCCUCCUCAUUCUCUCUCUAUACUCUAAUCACUUUCUCUCUCUAUAUUUCUCACACUAAUUUGCUCAAAAAAAUGAACAACAACAACGAUUAUCUACUCCCUUAAAGAUUGUUCUAUUUAAUUGUUUGUUGUUCUGGUUUAAAAAUUAUAAAACAAUGGGUAAUGCGGUUGGGAAGUUAACGCCGUGUCUCUGCCCAGCCAGCGGCGGUGGAGAUAUCUCCCAACGACACGAUAUCACGGUUGUCCUUAACAACCCUCUUCACGAUGAAGGCUUAGGCCACUCUUUUUGUUACAUCCCACCGCCUGAUCACCACCACCAAUUCUUCAGCGGAAGCCUUACAUCAACCACCACCUCAUCACCGCCGUCAAGUAUCAGCAGCACAAAAGUGACUCCGUUUUUCAGAACUAUUUCAGGCGCUUCAAUAAGUGCCAACACCUCAACUCCUCUAUCUACUUCUCUGCUUUUAGAUGCCUACCCAUCCACAAUGGAUCGUGCUUCUUCAUUUGAGAGUUCCUCUUCUUUCGCCUCAAUUCCUCUGCAACCCAUUCCUCGGAAUCUCAUCAAUUCCGGUCCACUUCCUUUGAGUCGUUACUCGGGUUCGGGUUCCGACUUGAUCGAACGAGGUUUCUUAUCGGGUCCGAUCGAAAGAGGGGUCCUCUCUGGACCAAUUGAUCAACAAAGGAGUAAUCCAAAAUUGGAGAAGAUUAAGUCCAAGUAUGAGUUUAACAAAUGGGGUUCUAUAAAAGGGAUAAAAAAUUCCAUCUUGAAUGCUAUUUGGGGAAAUGGGAAUGGGAAAGGGAGUCAGAAAACAGGGUAUGAUUCCAUUAGAGGAUCUGAAAGCUACCAUAAUAACAAUGACAGUGUUGGGAAGAGCAGCAGUGUUGCGAAUUUCAGCUGUCAAAUGAGUUUAUUGGAAGAAGGAGAUGAUGACGAGGUUGAUAAUGUUCAAUGGGCGCAGGGGAAAGCAGGGGAAGAUCGAGUUCAGGUUGCGAUUUCUGAAGAUCAUGGAUGGAUUUUUGUAGGGAUAUAUGAUGGGUUUAAUGGCCCAGAUGCUCCUGAUUUCUUGUUGUCUAAUCUCUAUUGUGCUGUCCUUAAAGAGUUAAAGGGUUUGCUACAUGAUAGUAGAUCGGAAAUGGAACCGGAAUCUGUUUCAGCCUCGAAUCAAUCCACUAUAUCCAAGGAUUCGAGUAUGGGAACUAACCAACUCUUUGAUGAUGAGGUCAACGAUUGCGUCAGAAGGUUGAGUGGAUUGGAUUGUAGCUGUUCUUGGUGUGUUGAUAAAUGUGAAGGGAUCAACAAUGGAAUGUGUGAGAAUGAUGAUUUAUGUAUGAAGAAAAGGCAAAGGAAAAGGAAUAGAAGUAGGAAUAGCAAUAAUAAUAAUAAUAAUAAUAAUAAUAAUAAUAAUAAUAAUGUGAAUAUGCAGAUACUGGAGCUAGAUGAAAAGGUAAGGGAGAAACUUAACCAAAUGAGUAUGAGUAUGAGUAUGAGUAUGAGUAUGAGUAUGAGUAUGAAUUCAUGGCAUAAAACCAAGCAUUUGGAUGUUCUAAAGGCGCUUUCGAAUGCCUUAAGGAAGACGGAGGAAGCGUAUCUGGACAUUGCAGAUAAGAUGGUGAAGGAAAACCCAGAGCUUUCUUUGAUGGGUUCUUGUGUUUUGGCUAUGUUGAUGAUGGGAGAAGAUAUCUACUUGAUGAAUGUUGGUGAUAGUAGAGCAGUUUUAGGCCAAAAACCGGCUGCUGAACCUGAGACUUUUGACGAAUUUCCUCAUAUUUCUUCCCUUCAGUUAACGCUGGAUCACAAUACCUAUGUCAAAGAGGAAAUUCAAAGAAUUAGAAGAGAACACAUGGAUGAUCCAUUCGCGGUGGUAAACAAUCGUGUCAAGGGAUCCUUAAAGGUCACUCGUGCAUUCGGUGCAGGAUUUCUGAAGCAGGCGAAAUGGAAUGAGGCCUUACUAGAGACGUUCAGAAUUGAGUACAUUGGUAACUCACCAUAUCUAACAUGUUCACCAUCACUACACCAUCACAAAGUAAGCCCAAGGGACAAGUUCUUGAUCUUGUCUUCUGAUGGACUUUACCAGUACUUGACCAACGAUGAAGUCGUGUCUGAAGUCGAGCUAUUCAUGGCAUCCACACCUAAAGGAGAUCCUGCUCAACAUCUCAUAGAAGAGCUUUUGUUUCGAGCUGCUAAAAAAGCCGGAAUGGAUUUCUAUGAUUUGCUAGAAAUCCCACAGGGAGAACGUCGAAGGUACCAUGAUGACGUCUCUCUUAUAGUCAUAUCGUUAGAAGGAAGAAUAUGGCGUUCAUCCGUGUAAAUACAAGCACAUAUAGAGUAGAGAUCAUACAAUUAAGAGAUUCAAGAUACAUUCUCAUACCAAUUUUGCUACCAAACCCACAAAAACUAAAACUACAAAUAAAAAAAGAGUUUUUGGUUAUGUAACAUACAGCUUCACCAAUUGACUGUUGGUUCAGUGGUGAUUGAGGCUGAACUUGGUAGGGAGGACCCGUGUUCGAUCCCCCGCAACAACAAUUGGGAGGGGAAUGGAACCUAUCCACUCAAAACUCGCCCCGAAUCCGAAUUAGCCCUAAGGAUGAACCGGAUGGUACACCAAAAAAAAAAAAAAAAAAAAAAACAUACAGCUUCACCCUUUGCCUGAAGGCGAAACAUUGAACAUAUUAUCAUGUCUCGUGUUAAUUCUGUUUUUUUUUAUUGAAUUGGUAAUAUGACAAUUACAUUUAAACGAAAUGGUUUAUUUAACUCAACUGGGAUUGUGAUGUAUGGUGAUUGACUAGGAUGGGUGAUUGUGAAUACAAGAUAUUUGAAUAGUAAAAUACUCCGUAUUUGUUCAUAGUAGAAUCAAAUAAGUGCAAGUUGUUGUAGAAGGAAGUCCAAUUGGCUAGAAAAUAGGCUAAAAAAUAGAGAGAGAGAGAGAGUUAGUAAAGUCAAAUCUAAUAAUUAUGACUAACUACUCGUAAUGUUGACAACACCCUAAUUAUUAGGGCUUAAAUUAAUCAAGAAUCUUCCUUUGACGUACUACGGAGUAUUUUGCGACCUUUAAACUGUGUCACAAUG